AUGGCGGAACUCGCGACAAUGCUUAUCCCCAAGGACGACCGCAAGAAGAUCCACGAGUACCUCUUCCGUGAGGGAGUGCUCGUGGCCAAGAAGGACUUCAACCUUCCCAAGCACAGUGACAUUGACACCAAGAACCUCUAUGUCAUCAAGGCCCUCCAGUCCCUGGACUCCCGCGGCUUUGUCAAGACUCAGUUCUCGUGGCAGUACUACUACUACACCCUCACUCCCGAGGGUCUGGACUACCUCCGUGAGUGGCUCCACCUCCCCGCCGAGGUUGUCCCUGCCACCCACAUCAAGCAGCAGCGUUCCCACGCUCCCCCUCGCGGCAUGAUGGGCGGUGAGGAGCAGCGCGGUGAGCGCCGUGGUCCCCGUGCUCCCCGUGAGGGCGGUUACCGCCGUCGCGAGGAGGGUGGAAAGGAGGGCGGUGCCCCUGGCGAGUUCGCUCCCUCUUUCCGUGGUGGCUUCGGCCGUGGCCGUGGCGCUGCUCCCCAGGAGUAA